GCUGCUGCACCAGCCCGGAAGUGAGUCGUUUAUUGACAACAUGGCCGCCGAGCUGGUUUUGGAUUUGGGUAAAAUUCUCGUUUGACAGCCGGCUGCGAAAAAAAAUCUGUUUCUCCGCUCGGGAACGCGUAAAGGAGAUCGAGUUGAAUGAAGGCGCUCGUUAUUCCGCAGAAUGCUGUCACCGAACUGAGGAGCCGCUCAGAGAGUGAAGCCCGAAAUGUCGUUUUUCAAGCGGAAAGCUAAAAGCAAGGAACUUGAGAAAUCAGCAGAUACAAACAUCAACAGAGUCACACCUCCAGUCAGCUCUCACUCCCCGUCAGCAGGACUGAGCUACCACAGUGCCAUCCAGGAAGCUGCCGGGCCCAGCCAUGCAGCGAUCAGCGCCAUCUCUGCCAAUAUGGACUCCUUUGCCCGUGGUCGGACCGCCAUUCUCAAGAAACAGCCGAGCCACAUGGAGGCUGCACACUUUGGCGAUCUGGGUCGUUCCAGUGUGAACUACCAACCAGAAGAGACCCGCUCUCGACUCUCCAAAACAGUAGACCAGGUUCUUCGGGACAAUGUGGCCAUGCCCUACUAUGUCCAGUUCACGGAACUACGGGGUGUCGAUCACCUUGUUCGGUUCUGGCUGGAGGCUGAGCGUUUCCGCUCCACCAGCUGGACGCGAGUUCGGGCACACAGCCUCAAUUCGGUCAAACACAGCUCAUUAGCCGAGCGCGUCCCUGCAUCCCCAGAUGGGGCAGAGCUCCCGGAGCUUUCCCAUCACAUUCCCGACGGCGUCACCCUGUGCAACCAGUACAGCAGCAGUGGAAGCCUUACGGUGCAAGCAGACGGAUUACGGACAGAAUCAGGUUCGAGACCCGGCACCCCGCGGGCAGACACCCCCAACAGACAGACACCUUCAAGGACUGGGGUGCCCUUCAGUCUGCAGCCAAACAGCACCCUGAGAGACCUCUCUGACACACUCAUGAAAAGUAUAGAGAAGGAUGCAGUCUACAUUUUCACCAAGUACAUCUCUCCAGACGCUGCGCAGCCCAUCCCCAUCACAGAACCCAUCAGGAACGGCAUCGUCGCUAAAAUAUGUGGCGAGGACGGACUGGUCGACCCCAACUGCUUUGUCAUCGCACAAUCGGUUGUCUUCUCCAUCUUGGAGCAGCAGCACUUUAGUGAAUUCUUGCGGAGCCAUCACUUCUGUAAAUACCAGAUUGAGGUGUUGACGAGUGGCUCCGUCUUCCUUGCUGACAUCUUAUUCUGCGAGUCGGCGCUCUUCUACUUCUCUGAGUACAUGGAGAAAGAGGAAGCGAUGAAUGUGCUCCAGUUUUGGCUGGCGGCAGACAACUUCCAGAACCAGCUCGCGGCUAAAAAGGGGCAAUACGAUGGCCAGGAGGCGCAAAAUGAUGCCAUGAUCCUCUACGACAAGUAUUUUUCACUCCAGGCUACAAACCCGCUGGGCUUUGGUGACUCUGUGCGGAUGGAGAUAGAAUCCAACAUUUGCAGAGAGGGAGGGCCACUGCCGGACUGUUUCAACACUCCACUCAGACAGGCCUGGACAACCAUGGAGAAGGUCUACAUGCCUGGCUUCCUGUCCAGUAACCUUUACUACAAAUACCUGAGUGACCUCAUCAACUCGGUGCGGGCAGACGAGUUUGUGAAUGUCAACUCUCCAGGUCAGGCCACGCCAGCUGACAACAACCGAACAAGUUCAAACUCCAGCGAAGGAUCUCAGAACCAGCAAGGUGCUAAGAAGGCAGCAAUAAAGAUCUUGAAAAACUUUGACGAGGCAAUAACAGUGGAUGUUGCCAGCUUGGACGCGGAGUCUUUGUACCAGCGGCCGUAUGCUGGAAAAAUGACGUUUGGGAAAGUGAACGAGCUGGGUCAGUUUAUCAGGGAGGCCGAGCCGGAGCCGGACGUGAAGAAAUCCAAAGGUUCCAUGUUUUCUCUCGCAAUGAAGAAAUGGGUCCAAGGCAACUCAGACGAGGCGCAGGAGGAGAUGGCGUGGAAGAUCGCCAAGAUGAUUGUCAACGACGUCGUCCAUCAAACGAAUUAUGACAGCCCCGUGAAGACAACCAAGCUAUGACCCCACCGUGGAACCAAACGACCGUCACUGUCUGCACCUGCUGCUGCAACGGCGUCUGCAGGGAGUGACCAGGACUUGAGUACCAACAAUGCAUUUUAUCUGAUUGUGUCGGCUGUGCACACCUGGGCUGAGGGAAAACUUGAAGUACGUCAUUAUUCCAACUCUGUAACACUAUAAAAGGUAGAAGUGUAGCCGCUGACAGCACGGCGAACGCAGCGUGCACAACUUCGAGGUGGGAAAUUAUGGAAGGUGGCGUGGCCAAGGAGCUCAUCCGUGUGCCGCAGCCUGCCGAACUGUCUAUUAAUAAUGUCAGUGAAGACCGACGGAGGAUAUCGCUGAAGACUCAAAUAUCCUCACAGCACAUCUUUAAUUUGUUUUGUUUUUUUUAAAAACAUUCCUUACUUUUUAGCUGAAAUUCUCUUAAAACGUUGUAGAGGAAGGAAGCUCAGUUCGAUUCCCAGCCUGUCCUUGGAACGGACGCUUCAUCUGUAUCGUCCCAGUCCACCCAGCUUUAACGGUUCCUACAUGGCUGUGGAAAUAACCUGCAAUGGACUGGCGCCCCCUCCAGGGUGAGCCGGAGACUCUCGUCCGCUUCACGCUACUCGAUACAUGCGGAUAAGCACCGAUGGACCUCAGGGCCCGUGCAGGACUUCUGUCUUUCCGUCUUAAAGCAUCCAGCUGAUGAAUGCGUGUAGACGUGCAAAACUGCACAUGCCUGUAGCAGUUUUAUUUGAAGGUUCCCUAAUGCGGGCGGGGCUACCUUGGCUAUUUACAUACUGUAGUACAUCUAUAAAUAUGUUAUCAAGAAGAAGUCCUGAUUGAAUUUUAGACAGCAUCAGUACCUCUAGAAACCUCCUGGUACCUUUACAGACCAUAGAAGAAAAACUCCCAAAGGAACACUCCAAACGUCGCGGUUAAUGUUCAAUAUACAGUCUGUCGAGUUCUGGUUUGGCCCAAAUAUUAAGUGUUUUUUUUUAAUGUGAUUGUUGUCUUUUUGUAUUCAUCAAUGAUGCAAAUUUCCACGACAGGACACAUUGACUGGAAGAGGAAGGUUUAAAAACACAUUUUAGUUUGAGCCUUACCAAGAAGUGGAACCAGAACAGCCUCUUGGUACUGUGUACCACUAAUGUUUUCUGACGUACGUGUACUUAAUCUAUAAUAUAUUUAAGAUGUGGUUGAUUUAAAUACAUAUAUUAUGAAAAUGA